CAUUGAAAACGGAUGUGACGCUAGCAUUCGUGACAAAAAAGGUCAUCCGGCUGCUUAUUAUUUGGAACACCCCACGGAAAUCGAACUUCCAGAGAUGGAAAUGAUGUCUCGAAGAAGAAAAAGUACCGGGAAGGAUUCUCUGGAUUUCAAGCCUUCUAACAUCAGAAUAUGGAUACACAACAAAGAUAUUGGGAAAUUACAGCAAGUGUUGUGGGAGGGACAUGGAUUGAAACUUCGAUGCGAGACCAGCAACAAUCCUCGAAUCAGAAAAUUCUUGGAAGCUGUGCCUUCUAUUAUGAGCACAAUAAAAGAUAUUCAUACAGCAGUUGUUAAUAACGAUUUGGAAGAGUUCAAAAAGAAAAUGGAAGAACCUAUUUCGCCUAUUAUUCUAUGCGCCAAGGACUCGAAUGGUUUAAAUGUCCUACACAAGGCCGCUGGUUUGGGAUACAUCGACAUCGCGCGUGAGAUUCUCGACAAACAUCCCGCAACAAUAGCGGGCCAGGAUAACGAAGGUAAAACCCCGCUGCAUUACGCAGCUGCACUUAAGGAUGACAGCGCCAUGUACGAUCUCCUAGUGGAGCAUGGAGCCGACGAGAGUAAAUUAGACAAUAGGCAAAAAGCGCCCGCGUUUUACAAGAAUCGUCCUUCGGACGUGGAUCUGUCGAACUUGUCGGUGAUACCGGAGGCGCCGCGAGUUUCCGGCACGUAUCCGAAAAAUUGGGAUUGGAAAUUCCUGGAAGUAGGACAGGCUGUCGCGCGAGGAAUGAAGAAGGUAGUUAGUAACAGCGACGUAGACAGCGCUUUUGGUAGUGCCGAAUCCACAAUGAAGGAUUCAAACGAGAAGAUUAAAAGAGCUGAUGACGAGCAACACGAAGAGGCCGAGACUCCAAACGGAGACGAAGACGAGGCACAGCAUGGAGAGGAGGACGAAGCACAGCACGGAGACGAGGACGAGGCAGAGCAUGGAGAUGAGAACGAGGCAAACGACGAGGAUGAGAAUAAUGAGGAACAUAACGAGGAAGCCGCGAAUGAGAAUGAGGAACAGCAGGAGGAUACAGAAGCGGCGGAGGAAGAGCCGAAAGCGGAUGAUGCCGAGGAAAAGGCGUCUUCGGACGAUGACGUGGUAACCGGACCUGUUGCGGAAUCAAUGAAAGACGAGGAGGACGGGCCUGAGGCGGUCGCUGAUGAGAUAGGAAUCGACGAGGAAUCUCUAAAAAUCGAGGAAAUCGCCGCUGACGAAGAAACCGCUAUCGAGCACGAAGAGAGAAACGAGACGAGCACCGGCGACUCGGGCGUCGAGGACCCGGCGCAAGACGAGGAGCAGCAGGUGAUCGUUGGUGAACAUAAGGAGCCGGCGGAGGUAGAAUUAAACGAGGGUAGCAUGGCCCGGGAUCCGGAAGUGGAUAAACUCUUGGAGACCGGGAAUAUGGAACAAUUGGCGGCUCUAGUUCUCAACGGCGAAGGCCGACGAUUAGUCGGACGACAAUCCGGAAAUCCGGAGCUCCAGGCGUUCAUUGACAAUGUUCCGUCUUACAUGGGAAAAAUCCAUGCUGUGCACAUGGCAGCGCGAGAAGGUAACCUUCGUGAUCUGCAAAGCGCGCUGGAUCGGCGCAAAUUCGCGAUUGCGCGAGACGAAUCGUCACCGCAUGGCGCAACGCCAUUACACGUAGCCGUUGUAUUUGGCAAUACUGCCGUAAUCAGGUAUCUGGCAGGAAGGUUUCCAGAAACCGCCCAUGCGAUCGAUCUUGACGGACGCACUCCGUUACAUUAUGCGGCAACGCUCGCGGACAACGGUCAUUAUUACAAUCUCUUGUUGCAUCUGGGAGCCAAUCCUUUAGUACAGGACAACUUCGGACAUAAGGCGGAUUAUUACAAGCAAAACCAAAGCGACAUGUCGCACAAAAAACUUCUUCGCGAUUUCGGAGCCAGCGAAAAACUCGCCGACGAAAUGCUGACAGAUAAAGACAACAACAAUCCGGCCGUCCCUCAAAUGUCGCUUCCCGGAGAUGAUAUCUACUCCGCCCGGCGAGAUGUGAGCGAACCGGAGACUCUAGCUAUCCUGGAGCGAUGUUUCCGGCUGUUGGCGGGCAAUCGGCGAUCGUCAGCGCAGAAGACGCCGUCGAACGCCGAUGACAGCGAAGUUGACAUCCCAAUCUUUCGCACAGAGGAAGGUCGUUAUUUAGCAUCAUCAUUAGGUGAUCCUUUAAUUAAAGGAUUAACGGAAGUUGCUAACGCUCGUCCAAAAGAUCCGAUCACAUACCUUGCGACAUAUUUGUACAACUUCGCCAGCAAGAACAAGACUAACGAUCAGGAAUCUGAUGUCCUCAUUAUACCUGAUCGACAAGAAGAGAAUUUGGAGAAUAUCGAGAAUGAAAAUAUAGAUGACGACGCCGGUUAUCCUCGAAGUCCGGAUUCAGACAUACCUGAAUCUACAUUUAGCAAUCCUAAUAGAGAUGAACACGGACAAAGCAUGAUCCAUUUUGCGGCAGUACGUUCAUAUUCGAAAGACGGCUUGUACCAUCUGCUAUUAGAAACCCAGGUGAACAUUGGUUUUAGAGACGAAUUGUAUCGAACAGCCAGAGAUGUUGCCGAACAGGCGAAUAUUCAAGAGAACGUCAGCGAGAUUGAUCGCUUCGUUGUUUAUCUCGCGGCAAGAGGUGAGACGGAAAAAUUAGUCGAACUUUUACUGGAAGGCUAUGAUCACAUUUUGGACGCCGAAGAUGAUGAAGCGAACAUUAUUGAUGUUGCCGCGCAAAGAGGACACGAAGCUACUGUACAAUUUUUACAAUCAAUCCCCAAUUACGUGAACCAACGCGAGGAAGUACAUGCUGCAAUUCGAGCGAAUGACGAAGAUCGAGUAAAGGAACUUUUAAAUAAGAAUAACGGAGGUGGAAAAUUACUGGCUGUUGGGAAAAAUUCGAUCGGUCGAUGUGCAUUGCACAUUGCCGUACUUCAAGAGAAUGAAGAGAUCGUUAAAUUCAUUGCAAAAACAUAUCCGGAAACAUUACGCAUCGGCGAUAACUUGGAAAGAACUGCACUUCACUACGCAAUGGGCGUGCCGUCCGUAGAAGUUUUAAGUAACAUAUUAAUUAAGGCAGGCGCAAAACGUAUUGUCAAAGAUUUGAAAUCUCGGCAGCCUUCGUAUUACUUUAUGAAUAAGUCUGAUAUCGAGCAACUUCAAGAAGAAGAAAAAUCCAUGAUUAUAUAAGUUAUAUAAUGUACUUAUAUAGAUUCGUAAUGAUAUGAAGACACUAUAAUCAUUACACUAUAGUCAUACAUUUUAUUGACAUGUUUACGUCAAAGCCGAGAAAAAGCUAGUCAUUAAUAUUACGCAAAACACGCGUACUUGAAACAGUGUGUACAGACUAAUAACACAUCUAAUGAUUGACACUUUAAAGACCUGAUUAAUUUGUUUUCAAGAGUGCCAACUAUAACUAUAAUUAAAUGACUCUAAAAUAAAAAAUAUUGCCGUAAAAAACAUAAGAAAUAAACUCCAGAUGCUGACAGACAGAAAUGGAGACACGGGUUUUUACCUGAAAGCAUCUGUCUUUCUCUUUUGACUCACUUCUUUUUUCACACGCGCAAUCCAUUUCUUAUAUGUCUGUGAUGAAAAAUCAAAAUUGCUAAAACGUCACGUAAAAAAUGACCAUAGACAAAAAUGUUAACACAACUAGAAAAAAUUAAUAAGUGCCAAUCAUUAGAGAAAUGCUAACUAGAUUCGGUUACUCUAUAUCACUUGUACAAUAUUUCACAGAAUUUUAAAUGUUUUUUUUUUUUCAGAAUAAAAUUUUACAGUAGAACUCCAGUAAUUUCGAACACAUGAGACCGCGCGCAUUCUUCCUAGAAAAUCGAAAUUAUUUCUUAUUUAGCGACGAACUGAUAGCAAGAGACAAAAGAUAUGUUUCUUUUACUCUUAUACUCUUGCACUCGAGAAGCGCGUUAUCAGCGCUAUUGGAUUAUUCUAUCUUUUAUAUCUUAUAUCUUUUAUAUCUAAUGAGCGAUAAAGAUAAAAUGAUGCGUCAUAACUGCACCAAACCCAGAAUGAUGCAAUAGCGUAAAUGAGCGCGCUCCUCGAAUGCAGCCUUAGAGUGAAGAGAGAAAUAGACGCGCAUUCCACGAAUUGCACUUAAAAAUAUUAGAGAAUCAUCACUAAUAAUAAAAUCUAUUGGCCUGCCCAUAAGGGAGAAAUCAAAAUUUUGAUGCUCAAAAUUAUUAGAGAGUUCUACUGUAAUUAAUAUUAGAAGAAAAACCUCAUCUUUUGUAAUUAUAAGAAAGGCGUUUUUAUUUCAUUGUUUUGGUUUUAAACAUCUAGCUAUCUCUGGCUUUCUCUUAUUUAAUAUAUUAUAAAAUCUUGUAUUAUUCGCUUUUGUGUCGGUCCUAGUUAAGAAGAGUUCGAGAAUAUUAGCAUUAUGCAUAAUCGAAAAUAGGGUAUGUGAGUUCAUAAAUUGUGUAUGAAAUACUUCAAAAGUGUUGAGAAGUUAGUACCUUACGAAUAAAUGUAACGAGACUGCAAUGUAGUAUCAUUAUUUCAUUAAGUUAGAUUCGAGGAAAUAUAUUUGCACGAGUACUGAUUUUAGAAAGUGAAAAAAAACUCCCAGAGAAGAUUCAGAAAAAUAAAAU